AUGCCUGCCCUCGUAGCUCCAGCAGACAAUAGCCCUUACUUCACUCCUGUUAUGCCUAGCCCAGGUAGGCACCAUCAAAUAAAGGGCUUCGCCAAUGUACAAACAUCCAAGUCGCCUGCACUGAAACUCAUCCCCAAUAAACCAACGGCAUCAAAAUUACCACCGCCAAGCAAGAUUUCCAAAAAGCCAUCAGUCAAAACCUCUCUCCCUGUGGAAGAGGAGGCGCAAGGGGAGAAACCAGUCGAAGUUGCCCUUGAUGCUGUAGCAGAUACAGUCAUGAUGCAAUGUCCGUUCCAAGGACAAGUUUUCACCUCCAGGGUCGAGGACGUCUUGAGGUAUCUAACUGAGCCGACUGCGGAUAAAAGUCGUCAGGCAAGUCCUCGAGAAUUCCGUGGUGUGGGAGUAGAAGACUUUAAAUCGAUUGAACGUGUUGUAGGGGAGUCGGGCCGAUUAGUGAUGAAACCCAGGCUUACUUACGACUAUAACGAACUCACACUCAGCAUCGACAUGCCCACCGCUAUCCACGAAGAGCCGUUCGAUUGUCUUAAGGAACACCUGACUUUGGCCAUCGCCAAUAUGCCAUACAAUCGCAGGGCAAUCCGCCCUAGAAUACAUAUGAAUUACUCUCUUGAAGUCCCCAACAAAACCGUCACGCCGGAUAUGACUAUCACUCUCACGCGCGUGGAGGGACCAACAGAGAAUGUGGCUAUAUCUGGGCUUGGGGAGUGCGCGUUUUCGGAGGAUGGGGCACACGUCUUUGACAAGAUGGAGACGGAAAUAGAGGCUCAUCCAGAGGUCGACUUCGCAGUCAUCGUCUUGAUACACGAGUCUGCAUCGUUCGCGUCCCCUCUUCCCGAUUCUACUGCUUCCAAGAUCCUGCCCACUAAAGAUGCUGCCGCCGAUUUCCAACCUCUCCCCAUGAAAACCUUCAUUCGCCAAAGAUCCACCCCACGCCAGUUUAAUCAGCCACUCACAGUGGCUGAUCAUAACUGGUGUCAGGUGGGCUCCGUGCAAUACUUCGUUUGGGUUAAAGGAGCCAACGGCGCCCCCAUCAACAUUCGCGACAAUAACCCCCUGCUCAUGGCGCGUGGCACGUUGGCACCCACACCAAACAUGGGUGCCGUCACCACCAUGCUGGAGGCGGGGCUGCGCCGGAUGAGGGACUCGAUGGUCAGCCUGACGCUGGAGAUCGAUAACGGCGCGGAUUGCUCCGCGCUGCAAGCUGCUAACCCAACGCUACCCAUCGAGUGGGACCUCGGCGUGUCGGGAAUCUUAAGCGCGAUGGACACCACCGCCUACCAGCGUUAUUUGGCGUGGAGCGUGGGCGUCAAACGCUCCAACGACUCCCUGUAUACUCCAUCGGACGGGGAUGACACUCAACAACCACCGGCGACUCGUCCUCGCACACGCUCCGUUGCAUGCUCCGUUGCACGCCCCGUUGCGAGUACCUCCCAGCCUUCUCCUCGCAAGGCGAAGUCCAGAGGCAGAAGCAUCGCUAAGCCGCGUAGAAAGGCAGGUGCCGCUUCUGGAAGCACUCGUUAA